AUGUCGCAAGGGCUCCCGGCCGCCGGCGGCGUCCUGCAGAAGAGCGUGGCGGGGCCCGGGAACCAGCCGCCGCCGCCAUGUUUCCCCCAGAGCCCUGAGGAUGAUGACAGGAAGGUCCGAAGGAGAGAGAAAAACCGAGUUGCUGCUCAGAGAAGUCGGAAGAAGCAGACACAGAAGGCUGACAAGCUCCAUGAGGAACAUGAGUGCCUGGAGCAAGAAAACACAAUGCUGCGGAGAGAGAUCGGGAAGCUGACGGAGGAGAUAAAGCACCUGAGUGCGGUGCUGAAGGAGCACGAGAAGACGUGCCCACUGCUGCUCUGUCCCGUGAACUUUGUGCCACUGCCCCGGCCGGAUCCUGUGGCUGGCUGCCUGCCCCGAUGA